GUGGGAUUACAAGGGGUUCAGUGAAACUGUGUGAGUGACGCAGCCAAUGGGGGGAGAGAUGGAUUUGGAAGGGGAGCUACAAUAUCCAGCAGAAGAAUGGAUUACCACACUAGAGGAGGGAUGCAAGCAGAUGCAAACGAUAGUGGGGUUGCUUAUGCAGCGACAGCAAGAAGGGGGGGAGAUCGAUGGGGGAGCGAUCUCGAUGGACCAGUGGUUGGAAGAUAGGAUUCAAGAGUUGUUAGACAUCUUGUGGGAGCUGGAGGAGGGGCUGUAUCCCCAGCUCGAUGUCUACAUCGACUCGAGGCGGGCGGAUGACAGGUUGGCUGCUUGCAGGACCCUCUUCACAUUGGGGCGAGAUCUACGCAAUCAGUUGGAGUAUCGGUAUGGAUUGCUGGCAAGUGAAGAUGAUUGCGGCGAAAACACAAAUAACAGCAACAACAUUAGCUACAGCGACAUCAAGGAUGGGGAUGGUGUCAACAACAACAAUGAUGGGGGGGGGCGAUGUCCAAGGCUGCACCAAGAUGGGAGUGAUACUGUAGCGGUGUUAUGCGAUGUUUUGGGAGGGGCAGAAUCUGUACGGUGCGAUCAUGGCGCAGGCUUUUAUGAUGACAUCGCCUGCAACAACGACACCGGCGACCGUUUCGUUGACUAUACAUACAUCUGCGGCGGUGACGCCGACAACAACGACACCAACAACAAUGACAACAACGCCGGCACACGCGAUACCAAGGAUACAAGCUACAUCAGCAAAGGUGUCGACAGGGGCAGUGGCGGCGAUGGUGACAACAAAGACUUCGAUAACAACCACAACAACGAUGACACAUGUGAAACACGCGACAAUAACGACAACAACGACAAUACUUAUGCCAAUGGUGUCAGCGGUGGCAGCAGAGGUGAUGAUGACAACAAUGACACCGACAACAUCAACAAUGAUGAUGACAUAUAAAACAGUAAUGACAACAACGACGAUACUUCUUCGAUUCCCCCCCCUAGUGGCAGGGGGUUUUCCUUUGCAUUUCCAGUCUUUUGUUGGCCUUCGGAUAGGGGUGGGUUAGCUGUUGACUAAUGGUAUAAGGGGAUUGCUGGCCUGUGGUUCCUGAGUAUGAUUGCCAUGCAUUAGAGAGGCUAGCUAGAUAGGUUUGUGGUUGAUGGUUAAGGACGACAUAAGACUGUGGGCUGUUGCCCCCUACACUAAAAAUGAAUUGAGAUGUGAUUUGCGACAUAUUAGGAUUAACAUUGCAGCAGGUUAAUCCUCCUCUGGUAUGGGGGAGCAAUCAAAGCCUCUGCACAGA